UUUUGUCAAAUCCCAAUAGAUGGCAUUGCCCUAGAACACAACCAUUUGCUACAAAAGCCCACUCCUUUGCAACAGUUCUCUCUCUCUCUCUCUCUCUCUCUCUCUCUACAGGAAAUAGGAAGAUGGAAAAGCUCUUCCUUUUCAUCUACAUUAGCUGAGAGUUUAUAGGAGAGAUUGAUACCUUCUGGUUAUCAUUCAAUGGCUCCAAGCUAUGACUGUGUAGGAUCAAGCCUCCUCUGUCCAGAGGACAACAACAGCAUCCUGGGUUUUGAUGAUGAUGGGGAGGUUGACGUUGAUGGGGGUGAGGAUGGACAUGGAUAUCAUCAAAAGCAAUGGUUUUUAGGGGAUUUCUUGACGGGAUUUCCAUUGCAGACGGAUGAGUGCUUGGGCUUGAUGGUGGAGAGAGAAUGCCAGCAUCUUCCCAGGGAAGAUUACUUGGAGAGGUUGAAGAGUGGUGUGGUGGGUUUAUCACCCAGAAGAGAUGCUGUUGAUUGGAUUAGAAAGGUUCAUGCCCAUUACAGUUUUGGACCCCUGAGUGCAUAUCUAUCUAUAAAUUACUUGGAUCGGUUCCUUUCGGCAUAUGAACUUCCUCAGGGAAAGGCUUGGAUGAUGCAGUUGUUAGCUAUUGCUUGCUUAUCUUUAGCAGCAAAGAUGGAGGAAACCGAAGUUCCUUUGUCUCUUGAUUUACAGGUUGGUGAAUCAAAAUUCGUAUUUGAAGCUAGGACCAUACAGAGAAUGGAGCUUCUAGUGCUUAGUACUUUGAAGUGGAGAAUGCAAGCUGUUACCCCUUUCUCAUUCAUAGAUUACUUUCUUCAGAAGAUCAAUGAUGAUAAACCACCACCAAGAUCAUCAAUCUGCAAAUCCGUCCAACUCAUCUUAGGAACAAUUAGAGGAGGGAUUGAAUUCUUGGAAUUCAGGCCGUCUGAGGUUGCUGCAGCAGUGGCAAUAACUGUAUCAGGAGAAACUCAAACAGUGGAUUUCAACAAGGCUGUAUCUUGUUGCAUUCAUGUAGAAAAGGAUAGAGUUCUGAGGUGUUAUGAGCUGAUCCAAGAGAUGGGAAUAGUAAGUAGGCCAGUGAAAGGUGUUAAUGGGCCAUCGACAUCUGUGCCCCAGAGCCCCAUUGGGGUGCUGGAUGCUGCAUGCCUGAGCUAUAAGAGUGAUGAAACAACAGUUGUGUCACGAGCAAAUUCUGUCCCAACAUCAGCUUCUAAGAGGAGGAGAUUGAACAGAUUAGCUGAGAUGGACAUGAAGUCAUGAUCAGUUACAAUGGUGGGUUUCUCACACCAGUCUAGUUGGUCAAAUGGGGGUUUUGGUGUGGUCAGGUAUAUGGUGACAAAAGGAGAAAAAAGAUGUGGUCUGAGAAAAAAAGGAAGAAUAAAUAGAGCUAGGGGAAUCAAUCAGCUCUCAUGCUUUAAGCAUGAAUGAAACAGUCAUCAGCUCACCAGCUGUUAAUUUUCAGAACUCUACAGCCAAGAAUGCAAGGUAGAGAGAGAGCUACAAAGCUGAACUCUUUUAGCGGGAGGAGAGAACUUGUGUUGGUUGCUUCCAUUUCAAAAAAAGAAAAAAAGAAAAAAGGAAAAAGGAAGGAAGCCUGAGAAAAACUGAAUAUUUAUAUUUGUUGUUUUA